GAAGCCCAUCAUUUAGUAGUGGUUUGAAUCUGUAGUCAAUUGCGUUAAAUAUAUAUAAUUUGAUAGGAAUUUGAAUCAAUUUUUUUAAAUCUUAAAUUCUUAUAAAUUAACAAAAAUGUCUUUUAUUGAAGUCAGUGCUGAUAAUCACUUUCCGAUACAGAAUUUACCAUUUGGUAUAUUCUCUACCAAAACAAAUACCAAUUCACGACCAGGAGUUGCGAUUGGAGAUUAUAUUCUUGAUUUAAGUGAAGUAAGCCAUCUGUUUGAUGGACCAAUUAUGAAGAAUAACUCCAAACGAGUUUUUAAUAGCAAUUAUUUAAACGACUUCUUGGAAUUGGGAAGACAAGCCUGGAGUGAGACCAGAGCUAAACUAAAGCACUUAUUAGACAAAGACACGGAUAUAUUGAGAGAUAAUCAAGAUUUAAGACAAAGAGCAUUAGUAAAGCAAAGUGAUGCCCAAAUGCAUCUACCGGUUCAAGUGGGAGACUAUACCGAUUUUUAUUCAUCAAUUGAGCAUGCUACUAAUGUGGGAGUCAUGUUUAGGAGUAAAGAAAAUGCAUUAAUGCCGAACUGGAAACACCUUCCCGUCGCUUAUCACGGAAGGGCCUCAUCUGUUGUUGUCUCUGGAACUGCAAUACGUCGACCCAAUGGUCAGACUCGACCAGACGAUACUCAGCCACCGAAAUUUGGUCCCUCAAAAGCUAUGGAUUUUGAACUAGAAAUGGCAUUUGUUAUGGGAGGGACAGCCAACCAAUUGGGAGAACCCAUUCCUAUUGACAAAACUGAAGACAGAAUAUUUGGUAUGGUUUUAAUGAAUGACUGGAGCGCCAGGGAUAUUCAAAAGUGGGAAUACAUACCAUUGGGACCAUUCUUGGCUAAAAAUUUAGGGACAACUAUUGGUCAGUGGAUUGUAACGAUGGAAGCACUGGAAAGUUUCAAAGUUGCUAAUACUAAACAAGAUCCACAACCAUUACCAUACCUGAGACACUCAGAUCCAUAUAAUUUUAAUAUAAAUCUUAGUGUUUCAAUUAGACCCGAUGGACAACAAGAGGCAACUCAAGUGAGUCAUUCAAAUUAUUGUCAUAUGUAUUGGACAGCUAAACAACAGUUGGCUCAUCACACCAUCACCGGAUGCAAUAUAAAAUCUGGCGAUUUGUUGGGCACCGGAACUAUUAGUGGACCUCUACCUCAAAAUUUUGGAUCAAUGUUAGAAUUGUCGUGGAAUAGGACUAAACCAAUACCAUUAAAGGAUGGACUGACUCGCAUGUAUCUCGAAGAUGGCGAUGAAGUCACUAUAUCUGGCUAUUGUCAGGGAUCGACAUAUAAAGUUGGAUUUGGCAACUGUUCCGGACAAUUACUUCCAGCUUUUAAUCUCUAACUUUAUGACAAAUAUUUAUGUAUUUUUUAUAAUGAUUUAAAAAAAUGAAACUUAAAUAAAA